AUGCCACCCUACAGUAUACCACGCCACGCAGUGGGCCACCCUACAGAACACCAUGCCACGCAGAGUACCACCCUACAGUAUACCACGCCACGCAGUGGGCCACCCUACAGAACACCAUGCCACGCAGAGUACCACCCUACAGUACACCAUGCCACGCAGUGUNCCACCCUACAGUAUACCACGCCACGCAGUGGGCCACCCUACAGAACACCAUGCCACGCAGAGUACCACCCUACAGUACACCAUGCCACGCAGUGUGUCACCCUACAGUACACCAUGCCACACAGUGUGCAACCCUACAGAACACCUUUGCCAUGCAGUAUGCCAUGCUACAGAACACCAUGCAACACCGUGUACCACCCUACAGAACACCAUGCCAUGCAGUGUGCCAUCCUACAGUACACCAUGCUACGCAGUGUACCACCCUACAGUACACCAUGCCACGCAGUGUACCACCCUACAGAACAGCAUGCCACACAAUGUGCUACCCUGCAGAACACCAUGCCACGCAGUGUACCACCCUACAGUACACCAUGCCAUGCAGUGUGCCACCCUAAAGUACACCAUGCCACACAGUGUACUACCCUACAGAACAGCAUGCCAUGCAAUGUGCCACCCUACAGAACACCAUGCCACGCAGUGUACCACCCUACAGUACACCAUGCCACGCAGUGUGCCACCCUACAGUACACCAUGCCACGCAGUGAGCCACCCUACAGAACACCAUGCCACGCAGNACGCAGUGUGCCACCCUACAGUACACCAUGCCACGCAGUGAGCCACCCUACAGAACACCAUGCCACGCAGUGUGCCACCCUACAGUACACCAUGCACGCAGUGCGCCACCCUACAGAACACCAUGCCAUGCAGUGUACCACCCUACAGUACACCAUACCACGCAGUGCACCACCCUACAAAACACUAUGCCACGCAGUGUACCACCCUACAGUACACCAUGCCACGCAGUGUGCCACCCUACAGAACACCAUGCCACGCAGUGUACCACCCUACAGAACACCAUGCCACCCAGCUAUAAACGAAGCGAAUUAA